AUGAUUGUCCAAAAAACAUGGCCGCAAUACAUUGCGGUGCGUGUGCUUAUAACUAUGAUGAGGGACUUGGGCCUACUAGGUCUAACCUACUUCUACGUUGUGUUUGCAUUGGGCGGCGUCCCUGCUAUCGCCCAUCCAUUCUCCAUCUUCGUCGAAGUCAUUACCGCCAUCGAGGUUCUAUUCUACUUACUAUUCUUCCUGCCGUACAAACGAUACCUCCAGAAUUACAAGCCGUACAAGCCUGCUCGUAUGAGCCGAUCACAGCGUGCUCGUCUCUUCUCGAAGGUAUUGAACCUCAUCCCGGAUGGCGAGGUAUUCAUUCGGAUGUGGAUGCUCAAUGCCCACUUGGAAGACAUUCGCCGCGAAAACCUCAAAGACUGGUUACUCUGGGCUUUGUUCGAACAAGACAAUAUGGCUGGUCGACCUACCAAUGAAGUCGAAAGUGAACUUGAUAGAUAUGUCGAGGAAACCGAAGAAAAGUUUGGAAUCAGGCUGCGUGCGGGCAGAGGAAAUGCGGAAGCCCUAAAACUCGCCUUCGAUCCGGUCAUCAUUCAACAUCGAAGCUUGUUCUACUAUGUGGCUAUUGGCAUUCUCGAUAACUUGAUGGCCUUCUAUCUUCUUACUCAAGGAUACCGCUUCUAUAAACAAUCAUUCUCAACCUUCUUCAAGGUCUUCCCGGUCCGAUUCAUCAACCUUUUCCCCUUCAAGCAGUCUGCUGCCAGCAAAAUGUCUUAUUGGUAUCGACCUCACAAGUCAGCGACGAAACGUCCUGUCGUCUUCAUCCAUGGCUUGGGUAUCGGCCUCAUUCCCUAUAUGUUCUGGCUUCGUACAAUUCCCAAAGACGUCGGAAUUCUGGCUGUGGAGAUGCUGCCGAUUUCUUCUCGUGUUACCACAUGGCCACUGCCAUCAACCCCUGAACUAUGCGAAAUGGUUGCAAAAUGUGUAGCGCAGCAGCGAGCUUCACAACCAGCGCCUGGAGUCGGCGAAAGAGGAGCUUGGGACGACUUUGUUCUUAUUGGAAACAGCUACGGAACCUUGUUGAUGGGUCAACUUUUACAAAGAGCAGAUUUCGCUCCGCGGGUUGCGGCAUCUAUCUUGAUAGACCCCGUGUCAUUGCUUCUUCACCUACCUGAUGUCGCUUUCAACUUCACUCGUAGGGAGCCUACACCGUCGAUCCGUGGAAGAACAGGACACGGAAAUGAAUGGGAGAUAUGGUGGGCAAGUGCAACCGAUGCCGGGACAGCAUAUACACUUGCACGAAGGCUCUGCUGGCGAGAAUCUCUAAUGUGGCGCGAGAUGCUCACUCCGAGCCUCCGAAAUGUUGAGGCUGGCUACUAUGCGUCUGGCUCCCCUGAAGAAAUUUCAAUAUUCGGCAACGGUGUUCAAGCUGGAAUGCGCAGCACUGUUGUCCUAGGAGGGGAAGACUGCGUGACUAACCCCAAGGCGGUGGCAAGUUAUGUCUACUCUGGAGACGUGAAUUGGACGUUGGAUGAUUUAGAAUUAUGGAAGAAAUACGAGUGGAGCGGUAAAGAGGAGUUGGAGUUGAUGUUCUUGGAUGGAAAGGAUCAUGGGCAGGGCAUCAUGGUUCCUUUUCCUUAUAAGCCUAUCCAGACGGUUAUCGAGAAAUACUGCAGGCGGGAUGAUGGAUUCAAAGCAUUUGGAGACAAGUUCAUAGGUGGACCUGAGAGCAUGUAUGGCAUGCGAGUACACAGAGAGGAGGUUGUGGAGCUGAAGAACCUCUAA